AUGUCUAAAUUUCAUGUCUCAUUUAUUUCCGGUUCACCUUCAUUCGUGUCAUCAUCUCCUCCCUUAUUCUAUGAUUUUGACCCUACGACUCCAUCUUCACCUCUGUAUUCUAUUUCAGUUGAGACUUAUGAUCCACCUCCGACCUCGUCUACAGAUGUUGAUCCGACUGCAGUGCUUGGACCUCUCAUACCUCGUCGAUCACAUCGAUUGGACGUCAAGAAUGUUUUUAUCCACGGUGAUCUCUCUGAGAAUGUUUAUAUGGAAUUGCCUCUAGAUUUUCCAUCUUCUUCUAAAGUCUACAACUUGCAGCGUGCUCUUUAUGGCUUAAAACAAGCUCCACAUGUUUGGUUUUCUAAGUUCAGUUCAACUCUUUUUCAGUUUGCUUCAUUUCUAGUUUGCACGAAUCUGCCUUAUUUAUUCAACGAAGUUCUUCUGGCUAAGUAUGUUUCUAAUAUGUUGUGUCGUAUUGGUCUCACUGAUUGCAAGAUAGCUUCGACACCGCUCGACGCUCGAUAUUGCCUUACAUCAAUGGAUGAGACCCUUCUUCAAGAUCCUUCUCAUUAUCGCCAGCUUGUUAGGACCUUGAUUUACUUGAUAGUCAGUCAUUUUGAUAUUUUUUACGUUGUCUAUCUGGUUAGUCAGUUCAUUUAUGCACCUCGCACUACUCAAUACUCUGCAGUUCUGCGCAAUCGUCAUGAUCGUCGCUACACCACUAGUUUCUACUUUUUUUGUGAUUCUCUUGUCUCAUGGUGUAGUAAGAACCAAACUGUUGUCUCUCGUUCCAGCACUGAAUCCGAAUAUCGUGCUCUUGAUGAUACUACUUCUUAG